CACUGUCGAGUUGUAACCGUAUGUGCUGUCGCCGUCACUCUAUUGCCGUCCCUCAUUUCCGUCGUCGGUCUCGCACACGUUGACACGUCCUUUGUAUUGCCAUGGACGUCAGCUUGCUCCUUCAGCACUCACAAUAUGCGUUACCCGUGGGUAUCGUGCUUAUAUGUGCGAUUCUCGUUUUCGUCUUUGGCUUCAAGAAGGCCGAACAACCACCUUUUGCACACCUUUCGGUAGGCUCCGAUGUGGACCGGAAAUUUGCCAACAAGAAACGCAGCAAAAUCAAAGAAAAGAGGUCUGCCAAUGGUCAAGUUGCAAUUGAAAAGACAAGUCCUGUUAAAAAAACUGUAUCAACAAAAACAGAUACUUCAAAAAAAACUACUUCUAAAUCAGAUGAUAUAGAAGGAAAGUUGAAGGAACGUAAACAAGAGGAUAAUAAUAUUUCAGUGACUAAGAAAGACAAAGAUCAAAUUGUAUUAAAGGCUGGUAAAGAAAACAAGGUUGAACAAGUUAAGAAUAAGAAAAAUUUAAAGAAUUUGUACCAAGAAAAGCCAGUUGAUUUUGAUGAAGGAGAUUGGGAACAAGCUUAUUCUAGAAAAGAUAAAAAAAAUAAGAAAAAGGAAGAGGAAUCUCCUUCAAAGAAGAGCAAAAAAAAUAUCAAGAAGGCUGAUUUAAUUAAUCAAGAAGUUGCUAAACAAAAGGUGUCAGAAAAAGUAGAAAUUAAAGAUAAAGUUGUUAAAGAAACAGAAAAUAAAGAAUUAAAAGACAAAGAUAAAAAAGAUGUGAUACUUACAGCUAUUUCUAAUGAAGAAAUAACUAAGGAAAAAGAACCUCAAAAGGAAGAAGAACAACCUAAGAAUGAAGAAGUGGGGAAAGUGGAAAAAGUAGAACAAGUAGAGCAAGUGGAGCAAGUGGAAAAAGUAGAAAAGGUGGAAAAAGUGGAAAAAGUAGAAAAAGUAGAAAAAGAAGAGAAGAAGAGUGGAAAGUCAAAGAAAGCUAAGAAGGUUUCUGAAAAUGAAAACACACCUGUAGUGAUUCCACCUGUACCAAAAGUAGAUAAUAAAGUCCAAGAACAAAGAACAAAAAAGAAAGAUGACAAUACAGAGAAAGAUUCUGAUAAUUCUGAAGAAAAAAAUCCUCAAAAUGUGCAAACACAAGAAAAGACUGGUCUUGUCUUUGAUGAACUAGGAGAUGUCUGGACAGAAGCCAAGCCUCAAAAGAAAAGUAAAAAGAAAGCUCGUAAAGAUAACUGAGAAUGAUUAAAUGUAAUGAAAAUUAUGUUCCUUGUGAAGAGGAAUAGAGUGAGAAUCCUGCUUGGUCCAAACGACAUGUGUCAUUUCGGACUCAUCAGGUGUGUUUUAAGUGACUUACCAAUCAACCACCUGACCAAACUGUUCCUUUCCCUUGUAUAUAAUGCUAAUUGGACUAGGUUGUUCAAUCAUUUACGUUUUAUAGACUUCAUGACUGCGGAUGCAUAAGUUGAUGUAUGGAGAAACAAUCAUAGGCUAUUGAUUUUUUCAACAUAGUAAUUGUCUGCUUUA